GUUUUUUUUUUAUUGUUUCCUGUUCUGACUUGAAACUAAACUUGAAAUUUUGUCUGACACACCUUUACAAAACCAGUAUAAAUGCUACCAACAUAGGAUGCAACGGCCAGUGUUUGCUGUUGUAGACUCGCAAAACAAGCAAAAUGUUCAAACUUCUUGUAUUCUUGGCUCUUGUAGCUUUUGCUAUUGCUGCUCCUAAACCCGAACCUCAAUACUUCUAUUCUGGUCUCUAUGGAGGAUAUGCUGGAUUAGGAUACGGCUAUGGAUAUGCUGCUCCUUACGCCUAUGGUGGUUAUGGAAGCUACUUCUACUGAGCGAAAAUUCUGAACUGACUUUACUUAAUAAAUACUUUUAAUAUUA